CCGUCGUCAACAUCUUCUAUCUCUUUCGCACACUAGCUAAAUUUGUGAUGUCUCAACUAUACCUGUCCUUGUCUGUCAUGAAUGAAGGGAGUGCCUAGGCAGGCAGCGCCCGGUGGCCAUCUUCUUCAGUACGCUUUCGAUAUUCGUGAAGUCAACACGUCACUCAAAAUCAUGGGCGAACUAACAUCAAUGGGAGCCCUUGCUGCAGUACCUUGCGUAGAAGAUAAAGAAGAAAGUUGUUUGUCGGCGGUUGUUGCUUCGUUAGACGAAAACUUCCCAAGCGAUUGGAGGGAUUGGAAGGUGUACAGUUAUACUUUCGAAGAUCUGUUUGGGGGUAACCAAGUCCCGCCAGCAAUAGAAGCGAAACUUAGGUUCGCCAUCCCUACAGUAGAUCUGGCACGAGCUUUCAACCCAUCUACAACAUCUCUGUCUGAGCGAUCAUAUAGAGCAAUAAGGAUGACCAUUCUAAAAUGGCCUCUGGGAAGAGCCCUUCUCUACGCACCACACAACUUAAUGGAGAAAAUACAUUCCCCUUCCUAUGAUUCCUUUAUGAACACUGUCAGGGAGCUAAAACCGAAACUCACAAAAAGGCGGGAAGCUUCCUUGGAGUUGGAGCAUCUCAGUCCGCAAACGGAAGUGAGGGGCCCUUCUACGGCCAUGAAAAGAUCAAUGGAGAUUCCUGUCGAAGUGCAUCAUAGCGAAGCAAAGCGUAAAGCUUAUGCAAACGUCUUAAGCUCACCUGAUCGUUCACAGUCCCAUGUCGCACCAACGCAAGGUAGUAGCGAACACCUACUCGCUUCUGUGCUGAGUCAACAAAUGUUACUGUUUAACAAAAUGCUCAGCUUGCAGACGGAGCAAAAUAAAAAUAUCAAAACUAUCAUACAAAACCAGCAGCAGAGAGUUGCGUCGGACAAACCCCAGUCCUCUGAAGACGAACUUGAUAAGUCACAUGACUCUCUGCCGGAUAGUACACAAUCUGUAGAGGAGAAAGACGACCAGCUCCACGGAAGUGAAACCUCUCCCCAUUGGUCCGACACAAGCAAAACUAAAGAAGAUAAUCUAAGAAGAAAGAUUGCCGAAGCGCAGAGAGAACUAGCGAGUUUAACGGGAGACAAGAACAUUGGUCCUACCGCUUUUGAUUUUACGCCAUCCACUAUGGAGCAAGAACCUAAAGUUGCGCGAGCAGAUCCUAUGGCCAUAAAGCACGGUUUGAGUUGCCAGAGACUAGGUGAGAGCAGUUGGUGUAACGUGAGAUAUGCGGAUGUCCAAAAACAGUUCCAAGCGACACCAGUUUUUACUUCUUUAAAACCUAACAAUCUCUUGGCAGAAAUUACUCCAAAUUGGAAAUCAGUUGAGAUUCUAGAAAAAUCUGAUCUCACUUUAGGAGCCAUAACAAAUGGACUCAUUCAGCAGAGGAUGAUCUUCCAAAAACUCUUAGAUAGCCUCCCAAUAGACAUCAAAAAUGUUGUUGGCCGCGAUUUCGUGGCGGCCAAUUCGGAAUUCAGGAAGAACUCGGAUGCCCUUCUGCAAUACGUGUGUGGUCGACGAGCAGAGGUCAUAAAACAGAGGAGAGAGGUCUAUAAACCUACCAAUAAAGCUUUACGGGGUACCCUACAUGAUAUUCCCCCAUCAGGAACCCAUCUGUUCGAAGAAAAAUCCCUGACAGAGGUGGUAAAAGAGUUGGGAGGUAUGCAUAAACUUUUUCCUAUUAAGAAAAAGUCAUACACAAACAAGAAACCGAUACCACAAGGGGCGAAACCUAAAACCUCUCAGCCGGGCCACCAUCGAUUUCGUGAUUCACGAAAUGCUACAAAAAGAGACCCGCCGUAUAAAAGGGGGGCGGAAGAUAAGGGACGCCGUCAAAAACCCUUUCCCUAUCGAACGCACCAGGGGAAAAAGGAGGGAGCCAGUAGGAAAUGACUCUUUCACUGCAGGAUGCCUAGCCAGUUUCGUGGAUCAGUGGGAAAAGGCGCCAGUGAAU